ACAGGUCAGAGGACCUCAGAUGAGAUAAGGAAGCUAACCCACCCUUUUUGUAUGGAUACAGUAUUUACUGAAAAAAAAAAUCUGUGUUUAAGGAGUAAGAAUGGCAGGCUUCCUAGAUAAUUUCCGAUGGCCAGAAUGUGAGUGUAUUGACUGGAGCGAGAGGAGAAAUGCUGUGGCUUCUGUGGUCGCAGGCAUACUGUUUUUUACAGGUUGGUGGAUAAUGAUUGAUGCAGCCGUGGUCUAUCCUAAGCCGGAACAGUUGAACCAUACUUUUCACACCUGUGGUGUGUUUUCCACAUUGGCUUUCUUCAUGAUAAAUGCUGUGUCCAACGCACAGGUGAGAGGUGAUAGCUAUGAAAGCGGCUGUCUAGGAAGAACAGGUGCUCGAGUUUGGCUCUUCAUUGGUUUCAUGUUGAUGUUUGGGUCACUUAUUGCUUCCAUGUGGAUUCUUUUUGGGGCAUAUGUUACCCAGAAUACUGAUGUUUAUCCAGGACUAGCUGUGUUUUUUCAAAAUGCUCUUAUAUUUUUUAGCACUCUGAUCUACAAAUUUGGAAGAACCGAAGAGCUCUGGACCUGAGAUCACUUCUUAAAUCACAUUUUCCUUUUGUCUAUUUGUAGAUAAACUCUCCCUCCCCCCAUUGAACUCAGGACCUUGUGCUUGCUAGGCAGGCAGGGUACCACUGAGCUACAUCCCCAGCUUAGAUAAGCUUUUAUCUCUCAAUAUAAUUUACAUAUUGCCAGAUGGAAUCGAUUGUACGUUAAAUGUUUUUAUUUCUUUACUUUUUAUGCCCUGAGUUCUGAAAUAGGUUUAUAAAAUUUCUGUCCUUUUUUCAUGGGUGAGACUGUUAAUAUGUACAUAAUACAAGAUUGUAUGGAUUGGAUGAUGAGUAUCAGUUUUUUAUUCCUAAGACAUAAAGCUUGAUCUGUUCCCUGAGCCAGGGUUGUGUCACCAUGUCAUUUUAGAGCUAAAUACUGUCUCAGUGUGUCUAAUUUUUGAAGAUGUAAAAAAAAAAUGUAUCUCCAUAUACCUAGAAUAAGUGCUGAGCCAUUUAAAGAGGUAUUUCUGCAAAUUGUAAUUUAUUUUGGCUUAAAAUGAGAUUUUUUUUAAAGGAAAAAGUUUGUUUUUCUGUAUUAAAGAGGUGGACUUUUAUAUGAAGAUUUUUCAAAUACCCACAGGACUAGUUUGAAAGCCUCUUUUAAAUAGAUUUCCUCUGCUAUGUCUUCAUUUGAGAAGGGAUAAUGCACGAUCAAAUAAACUGAGUUUUUAUGGUUAACGUUUUAUGGUUAAUGUAAAGCUGCUCAGCAAUGAGCUUCCUAUAAAAGCACCUUCAGCGAUCUGCUGGGUUCUCUUUUGACAUGCCCACUGUUGUCUGGCAUUACACAGUUGCAUAGCAAGCAAGUCUGAGAUGACUGCAGUUUAGAAGCAUGAAUCAUUAACAAAAGGUAGAAUAGUUUAAGGAUAAAGCACUUCCUGGAGGGAAUUAUUAUGACCUAGUAAAAUUUAAUUAUUUCAACCACUUAGUUACUGGCUGCAAGUCUCUCUUUGCUGUAGCUCUGAAGCUUUGAAUGAACAGUUGCUACAAAAUAUAUCUUUAACUGAAAUAUCACACUCCAAUCCAAAACAUCUUUGACCUAGUCUGAAAUACUGUAUUUGUGCAUUGCGUGUAUUCUGUGGGGCUUUAUUGCUAAUUUUGCUUUCCUUUAGUAUAAAGAUUUUGUGUUGCACUUUUUUUCUCAGAGGGAUUUUAUAGAACCUUUUGUCCUAAAAUGGGAUAAUAUCAAUAGUAGUAUAUGCACUUGUAAUGCAAGCCUUAUUCUGCAUAUCUCCUCUCUGAGAGGACUUGCUGUGCACAAAGUAUGAAGCAGUUGUGGAAAGCUGUGCCUUUGUCUAGAUGGCAUCUUGUUCAUUCUUUUUUUUUUUUCCUCAAAAUGUCAGUGAGUUGUGUCUUGCUUCCAACAGAUUUUGAGACUACUUGUUUGCACUCAUAACCCAUUUUUUUUUUUAAGAGUAGGAAAAGUUUAUUGAGGGAAAGAAAGUUUCUGUGUAAGAGAGACA